AUGACGCCCCCAAUCCUCCAAACCUCCGCGCACGUCAAAUACAUCCAAACCCUCGACACGCACUCAGACCGCCUCGACUACCACCUCACCACGCACCUCCGCCUCUCGGGCGUCUACUGGGGCCUCACGGCCCUCCACCUCCUCCGCCACCCCACGGCCCUCCCCCGUCCCGCCACCAUCGCCUUCGUCCUCUCCUGCCAGCACCCCUCAGGCGGCUUCGGCGCCUCCCCCGCCCACGACCCGCACCUCCUGUACACGCUCUCCGCCAUCCAGAUCCUCGCCACCGUCGACGCCCUCGACGCCCUCGACGCCGACAAAACAGUGCGCUACAUCGCAGCCCGCCAGACGCCCGACGGCUGCUUCACGGGCGACGAGUGGGGCGAGAAGGACACACGCUUCAUCUACUGCGCGCUCAACGCGCUGAGCCUGCUGCGCCGCCUGGACGCCGUGGAUGUGGAUGCGGCGAUGGCGUACGUGAUGCGGUGCCGCAACCCCGAUGGCGGCUUCGGCAUGGCGCCGCAGGCCGAGUCGCACGCGGGGCAGAUCUUCACGUGUCUUGGUGCUCUGCGGAUCGGCGGGGCGCUGGAGCGGCUGAUGUCGCAGGACCAGAUCAAUGUGCUGGGCGACUGGCUGUGUGAGCGGCAGCUGCCGAGCGGGGGGCUGAAUGGGCGGCCCGAGAAGCUGGAGGACGUGUGUUAUUCGUGGUGGGUUGUGAGUAGCCUUGCGAUGGUGGGGCGGGUGGGGUGGGUGGAUGGGGGGCGGCUGGAGGCGUUUAUAUUGGGGUGUCAGGAUGUGGAGGGGGGUGGGUUUGCGGAUAGGGCCGGGGAUGUGGCGGAUGUGUUUCAUACGGUGUUUGGGGUGGCGGGGCUGAGUUUGUUGGGGUAUGAGGGGUUGGAGGAGGUGGAUCCGGUGUAUUGUAUGCCGAGGGAGGUGACGAGGAGGGUGUUGGGGAAGUAG